AUGGGGAAGUUGAACUAUUCAGCGAGAAAAAUUGACGGCGAGAAGUUCGCGCGGGUCCUCUCCAGGGACUUGAGAAAGCGACUGCCAGAUGGACCCGGCUUUAAAGCUGCAGCACGGGAUCCGACUUUAGAGAUCGACAUUUCAAACAAGAAGCUGACAGACAAAGACCUCUCUGUGUUCAUCGAUGACCUCCUUGAAUGUAUCAGGGAGGAUCUUGCGAAAGUAGUUGAGUUCCAUCUUCAGGGAAACAACCUCACAGUUAAAUCUCUACCCAAGCUGGGCGAGGCAGUUGCGCUAAACGCAGGCGAGAUGAGGGAGCUUGACAUUUCCAACAAUAAUAUCAGUGUCAGCCCAGACCCUAAAGAUAAGGCGAUGUGGUGCAGCUUCCUCCAUUCCUUCAAGAACUGUUAUGUGCUCAAGAAGCUCGAUCUUGGGGGUAACCCUCUGGGGCCUGUGGGGUUGGAAAAUCUUGCUUGUGUUUACAUCAAAAGUGACCUUCACUUCCUCGAGGAUGAUGCUAACGCCAUUGUCGAACAUAAGCAUGAAGAGAGGCUCUUCAUCGAAGAUCCGGUUGUGGUAAAGGCCGCAGCUGGGAAGGAGAACGAACGCAGUACGAGGGGUAGUCGCCCUGGAAAGUCGCCAAACAAGGGGAAGAAGGCUUUGCGACAGACUUCUGGCCAGCCCAAAUCUAACCCCCUUAAAGGAACGGCACCUGACGAUCUCAAACGCUUCGCCUGUACCCGCGGCCUUCGCUCGAUUGCCUACCUCAUCUUGUCCAACGUUUACAUGGCAAAGAGUGGCACGGUACACCUUGCGAGUAUGCUGAGUAUGCAAAGAACCUCAGAGCAGCUCUUGAAGUUCCUUCCCGGGGGCAAAUCCCUAGUCUUACCUGAAACCGCACACAACAAAAGCAUUGUCUGGCUUCCCAACGACACUAUUCCUCAGAUCGCGAGCGAGUUCCUCGAAAAGGCCGAAGUCAUUAACGAGAUAAAAGUCCACAUCGACUCGGAUAGUGAACUCUCGAAUGACGACUUGGACCAGGGACUUGUCAGUAUCAUCACGGAGAUGAACGCAGAGUCCAAUCACAAAAUCGACACUGCUGCACAGAGGGAGCUUCAGAACAAAAAGAACACCGCGUACGUCAGACUCACCAAACGUGUCCGUAUGGAGGCACUGCAUGAUGAAGGCGUGCGUGGCACAGAUCUUUGGAUCACUGCUCUGCGAAUGAUGAACGUGUCCCGAAUCCUCCUUUGGCAAGGCAAGGACAGCAUUGCUGGCUCCCCACACAAGGAACAGGACCAGCAAGGAGAAGAAGAAGACGACGACGAUGACGACAGAGACGAUCCCAGUCCCUCCGCAGUCCAUAUUGAAGACAUCGCUCAGCGAUUCGAAAAACUGGAAGCAACCAACUCCCCGGAAUCACCUUCUUCUCCCGUUGAGAUCCAUGUCACUGAACCUGACCGCAUGGGCCCUUUCCAUCCCGGCACAGACUCAUUCAAUGCCAACUUUCCCAUCCUUCAUUCGUCCAUCACCACCGCCGAGAGUGUUGAGACUGCAUUCACCAGAAGCGAUGAAGAAGAACACAUUGUUACUGCAAGAAACAAGUUGUCCCCAUCACCACAACCCGCCCGCUCUGGAAAUGGCAGCACCCGCGCUACAUCCGGAUCCCGAGUCCCUCGCAAGGAAAAAGAGACCUGGCGCUUCGGCUUUACCCUCGAGAUUUGGCGCAGAAUCAUCGCUGGUGCGGUCGGCGCGGAAGGUAUUCUGGACUUGGAACAGCAGGCUCAGAUCAUGCGUUAUGCCACUGAUUGGAAGACUCUUAAGGACGAGAUGGGUAUUACAGGCCUUGAGGAUCACCAACAAAUCUGGAGGAUCUUGGAGAAGAAUAAUUGCUUCGUUUAUAGUCCUUUGUAG